AGAAUACUAUACAAGUCAACAUGGGUGAUACGCACACUACUUCAAUGAAACUUUCCAGAAACGGAGUUCAAUUAUUCAAGAAACAUUCACACCAGAAUGGACUGAUCACUCAAAUGGAACCACUAUUUACACUCAAAAAUGGGGAUUUUGACGAUACUAACACACCAGGGAGUACGAGCACAAACUCGACGAAAUCCAAUGUGUUUGUGUCCAGUUUGAGCUGCAUUGAAUCUCGAUCACGCUUGAAGGCAGGCGAGGCAUACGAACAGCACGGUACUACUGCCACAGUCAGCGUACUUGCAGAUCAAGAAGCCACGUUGUCAUGUACAGCCCAUAGGGAACCGGUCGCACCAGCAUUUGAGCUUACCUACAUCAAGCCGGUGUCAAUCGUCAGCACGUGUACAAUAAAUACUAACCCAAAUCUCAGCCAGAACGAGAUUGCAUCACCAAACUACCCUGCAUUAGUAAGCAAAUUUGGGGUUGAACAUUCCAAGUCACUGCACACCAACAGUCAUCCAGCCGCCGCGGCCACUUAUGUGUUGCAGUCCGUUGAUGAGACCAAAUGCACCAGAGCCUUAUCGUCGAAUCAACAGCUUGAUAUCACUCACUCUUCACCACUAACGGCUGAACUCGACGUCUCGGGUAGGGGAGGGGGCAUUAUCGACCUGUUAAGCGUCACUCACACAUGCUAAGCAACUCAAGUGCUUGCGCUGUUCUCACCCUGCCCCACUUUCAUUUGAAGUAGCAUUUGGUAACCAAGGCUUUGAUUUUCAACUUUCUUUUAUGUUGUUUUUAACACACUUAGACGUUCAGCUACGUAUACAUAGCGUCCGCUUUCGUUUGUGCUUAACCCGACUUUGGCACAUUCUUCAUUCUUUUUUCUGCUUGUGUAUAUGAUUAGAUGGUGUCGGCACCAGCGUUGG